AUGAAUCAAGAUGUUUUUACUCCUUGGCUUUCGGUUAAUUCUUUCGGUUUCUCUCGGAUGAACUUGGUAUACUUUGACUGUUCGUUCAACAACUCGAAACAUUUGCCCAUUUCCUGUUGUGUUGAGAAAAGGGCAAAACAGUCAUCUAUAUAUCUACAGUACUCAUUAUUUGCCAUAGUAACACAUAUUGGUGAUUCUUCUGGAGCUGGUCAUUACAUAAGCUAUGUUCGUCGGAAUCAGAACAAGUGGUAUCGUUGUGACGACCACCAGGUUAUCAAAGAAGUGCACUACAGUGAUGUGGUUAUGACUGAAGCAUACUUACUAUUUUAUCAACUCACACAAUUACGGCUAAAAUAA